UCCAAAAUGGCGGCAAUAUUGGGCUAAAAACKUCAAUUUUUAUUAGCUUUUUCAUCCAUAAAUACCCUUCAAAAUGCCUGAGGAGAAGAAAGACGAAACAGACCAAGUUCUGGAAGGCGAGGGAGAAGAAGAACAAGGUGCUCCUGACGAUAUUAUGCCUCUUUUCUUCACGAGUAAGACGCAGGAGAUCUUUGACUGCAGAGCAGAUGAGGACGUUACUGAUGAGAAUCCCUUCAAGCUGAUCAACAAGGAUGUUAUUGAGCAAGAUUUUAAGAACAGAGCUGCAAUUUCUGACUUUCAUCCAGCUAAGAAAAUUAUCCAGGAUUAUCCUGCUGUUGAAGUUCUUGUUGUCUAUGACCCUGCAUUCAAAUAUGGACAAAACUUCUAUCUUUGUAUAACAGAGGAAGCUAAAGAAAGACACCUCAAUCCACCUAAGCUUGAGGAGGAAGCUGGUGAAGGGGAAGGAGCUGAAGAGGAGGAAGAGCUUAUGUUACAGAAAAAGUUCCCGCGUACACCGUUGCCAUGGGAUUCCAUGGGUAGUGAAUUCGAAGUUGAAGAAGAAGUAGUAUUGGAAAAUAGACCAAAAAUGAAAUUCCGAAUAUCAAGGCUAAGAAGAGAAUUUGGAGCACCUUACAACUUCACAACAAGGAGUGCAUCUGACGCCAAGGAUGGUAUCAUUGAAUGUCCAUCAUAUGACGAAGAGACUCCUAGUUUUCAGAGGAAAGAAUUAGAAAAAGGAAUCCAGGCAAUUUCUGAUCUAACAGAGACUGGGAAUCAAACUGAAUGGAGAAAGCCACGCAAUGCUGUAACUCAGUAUGAACCGAGAGAAUUUAGUGAAGAAGAAAGAGAAACGAUGAAAACAUCUGCAAAUCUGAAAUCCUUUGUUGACAAAGUAACUCCAAGGUUUGAGUUGGCAYUGCAACAAAAUGAGAUCAUGAAUGUCUUUUAUGAUGAUUACCAAGGACUCAAUGACGAUGAGACAACAUUUGGCGCCAAAUCUGACAGCUAUCUAAAGGAAUAUCAGUCAUUCACAGACCUUCAAUUCAGCAAAGAAAAAACAAUCACUCACAUUGAAUGGCAUCCUACAAUCAGGGGAAUCAUAGCUGUYUCAUGUGGAGAGAGGUUAAACUUUGAUGACCGUGUUGACCAGUUUUCAAGAAUACUCAUGACUCCUUCUCUGGUCUUGAUCUGGAGCUUUUCAGACCCYAUACACCCCCUGAUUCUCUUAGAGGCUCCUGAUGAUAUYUAUUCAUUCAAGUUCAACCCAUCUGAUCCCAAUAUUAUUGCAGGGGGGUGCAUUAGUGGGCAGGUUAUUAUGUGGGAUAUUAGUAACUACAGCGAAAGGUUAAAGACCCACCGUCAGUCACAUGGUCAAAGCAAAAAGAAUUCUAUGAACUCAUUGCCUGGGUUUGAAGAUGACUCCGAGAAAGACCAGUCACCAAUGAUUCGCUACUGUGCCGUGUCAUCCAUUGAGCACACGCAUAAGACAGCAGUCACAGACAUUCAGUGGAUACCAGAUCACAUGGAGAUUGGUCGUAUGGGUGUGGUAGUAGAGAACAGGUCCCAGCAUUGCAAUCAGCUCAUGACUUGUGCAGCAGAUGGGAGCAUACUAUUCUGGGACACACGCCCUUCAAAGUCAGCAGCACCUGCUCAAAGUACRACWGCAAACCCUGCUGGGAUUCCAUUGACUUUUAAACACCUGGACUUGACGUGGAAACCAAUACUCAAGGUAACUGUACAAAGAAUGACUGGUACAGGAGAAUUUGGUCCAACAGUGUUCAGUAUCAUUGAAAAGCAAGGAUACAGAGCUAAUGCUGGAAAAUCAAAUGAUACCAAAGACAAUGAUGGUCUUCCUAGACAUGCUUCUACUCUUGGUAAAUCCUUGAAGGAUCAGGGAAAACCACUGGAAAAUAUCAGUACCAAGUUCUAUGUUGGCACUGAGGAAGGAGACAUGGUGUACCUGGACUGGAAACCAGAAAAGGACACUGAUAGUGGAAAAAUAACAACCCCGCGUCCUUCGUUUGUAUGGCAGGCUCAUGAUGGUCUCAUUACCACGCUCACGCGGUCACCAUUCUUUAGAGAUAUCAUUUUGACCGUCGGUGGUUGGACCUUUGCUAUUUGGAAAGAAGGCGUCACGAGUGAUCCUUUGCUACAGUCGGCGAGUCACAUUCUUAAACUAACCAAGGGACACUGGAGUCCUUCGAGACCUGGAGUGUUCUUCAUCACUAAAGUUGAUGGCAGCGUUGACGUGUGGGAUCUCUUAGAUAGAGCUUGCGCAACUUCCAGCGCUAACGUGAUGGAGAAUUUCUUCGAGCGUGAAGUCAAGCGACUAGCUUUCGUAGAAGAACGAAAAAAGAUCCGAGAUACUGAGAAAAAAGAGCGCGAUGCUCUCGAAACAAAAAAACAGCAAGAGAAGAAAAUCGAUGAAACUGAUGCCGACAUUGAGGCCAAGCAACGUAUGGCCUACCAGGAAUACCUGGAAAUGGAGAAAAAGAUACUCGAGGACCUCGGUCUCCGAGAAGAACCCGAAGACGACGAUGUUUGAUCGAUUUGUGGUUACCUUGGAGACAAUAAAAAAUUGCGGUUACCUUGGAGACAGAUUUACUGAAGUCAGCAUUUUAGAGUUGUAAAUAUAUCAUUUGAAUACAGAAUUUUGAAAUGUUUUUAUGAGUCAGUUAGUAAGGUAGGUUAGAAGGUUGGAUUGCUGUGCUUAUUCUCAGUGUAUUGUAUUGUUUUAUGUGUGUAAGUAAUGUAUAGACCUUUAUUAAAUGAUGCUGAAUCAUAUCGGCAAUGUACAGUACUUMAAACUUA